UGCACACACACGCACACAAACAGAGAGAGACGUGGGAUGGGUGUGUGUGUCUUGGUGGAUCGCUCACUGACCGUCGAGUGUGCAGAGGGCGACGAUGGGCUUCCACGACACGCCAGCGAACAGCAGAAUGUCAACCUGCACACAGACACAGAGAGACGUCCACCCACCUGUGUGUCUGUGAGUGUGAGUGUGGUACCAGCAGCAGCAGUGUGGUGACGAGCCAGUCGGCAUAUCGGCCGUAGUAGAGCUCGCGCCCGCCGACAGCCGUCACGCCGUAGCCCAACGACAUGAGCACGUACGCCGCGCCAGCGAUGGCCACGAUGGAAGUCGUCAGCACGCCGCACACACGGGCCGCAGACUUACUGUAAGUCAACCAGCCGAACACAACUCCUGACGACACAACACAACACAGCACAGAGACAGACAGACAUUGUGUGUCUCACUCUCGGUGUGUCUGUCUGUCUGUGUCUCACCGGAUGUGAGCAUUGCGAUGGCGGUGAGUACGAGGACGGCCGUGCCGAUCAGGGUGUGGUAGCUGGCCUGGCGCAUCUUGCUCAAGGCAUCCAU